GCUACUUGAAUUCUGAAGCAGAAGAAGAAAUAAAAGGGCGAAAAGCGAAGAAGAAGACGGAGCUUCUCGUAAAAUGGCUUUGAGAGCAGCUUUGAGGGCCAAGUCGGGCUUAUCAGGUUUUCUUCCCCAGCUGUCCCCCUGCAGCAGCCAUGGCAGAGUGUGUGUGUCUCCCAUCCUCAUCGCUCAGCGGAGGAACAGCUCCACCAAGAUCAAGGUGGAUUUCGACCAGAACACAGGUGUGGCAGUGAUGCACAUGCAGAGUCCUCCGGUCAACAGCCUCAGCUUAGAUUUCCUCACCGAGCUCUGCAUCGGUGUGGAGAAGCUGGAGAUGGAUAAGGGCUGCCGCGGCCUCAUCAUCACCUCGAACCAGCCCAAGGUGUUCUCAGCGGGGCUGGAUAUCCUUGAGAUGUACGGAAAGAGUCCAGAGCGCUGCGGGGAGUUCUGGAAGGCCGUGCAGGAGAUGUGGCUGAAAAUCUACAGCUCCAACAUGGUCACUAUAGCAGCAAUCAAUGGUUCUAGCCCUGCAGGCGGUUGUCUGCUGGCUAUCACAUGUGACUACAGGAUCAUGGCGGAUAACCCUCGCUUCACCAUCGGUCUAAAUGAGACGCAGCUCGGCAUCGUGGCGCCUUUCUGGUUUAAAGACACAAUGGUCAACACCGUGGGCCACCGAAACACAGAGAUGGCGCUGGAGUUGGGACUGCUAUACAGCCCCUCAGAGGCCCUGAAGAUAGGACUGGUGGACCAGCUGGUGCCUGAAGACCAGGUCCUCACCACAGCCAUGCAGACCAUGACCAAGUGGUUGGCUAUUCCAGAACACGCCAGACAGAUCACCAAGUCCAUGAUGAGGAAGCCAACGGUGGACAAGCUAACAUCCAACAGAGAAGCUGACGUCCAAAACUUCGUCAGCUUCAUCACCAAAGACUCCAUCCAGAAGUCGCUGUGCAUGUAUCUGGAGAUGCUUAAAAGGAAGAAGGCCUAGAGGGGGAACAUUAAUACACCUAGAUACUCCCACCACACAGACUUUACGACUCUGGUUGAACGCACAUGUGUCAUGAAGUUGUUUUAAAUCAGCUCUUGGCAGCUUCAGGUGUUCAAACAGCCGUGAACCAGGCGUAAAAUGAGUUAUCUGCAGAGGCCUAAAGGUUCAUUUCUCUAGACGUGAUUUACUGACGGUUAGCAUCUUCCUGUUCAACUUCACACCAUCUUUAGCAACAAUAAUGAAGAAAUGUAGUUAAGUUCAACCCUUCUACAUGAUUAUAGUGAUUAUUUAAAGUGAGUUAAAUCCUUCCAGUCUUCAGUAUUUAUCUAAUUGUCAGUUCUUGGCACAGAUGGGCCUUUUUUUUAAUCUUGUAAGUGCCUCCUUUUACUGUAAAAUGAAAACCUGUAACAGCUAAUAUAACCUGUGGUGCAUCUGAGUGGUCCACAGACAGAUUUAUAUUCUGUCCAUUUUGUCAGUGUGAAAUCUCUGAAUAAACAGUUGGAUUUA